UCCAGCCACACAUCAAAGCCUCCAACACAUCAUCGCUUGGUGAUGCUGCCUGGACGACGGUGAGCUUAAUACGUGAUAGCAUAUAAUUAUUUGGACCAUCUUACCCUUCGAUUGGACGGCUUCAAGCGACGUCGUCUAGAGCUUCAGGCGACCUCAUGGCUUCGGAAAAAGGGCAUCUCGCGGCGACCGAGACUCCUCUCGCGACACCCGCUCCCUCACAGCUCGCGGCAGCCUCGUCCGCCCCAGAAGCACCGCCGACAGCCACAUCUGCCGACGCCGCCUUUGCCCUCGCCGCCGAGAUCUCCCGGGCCAAGUCGCUCAAGAGGUCCCGUGAGGAGACCCCGCCAUCGCCGGAUUCCGUAGAAUCCUCUUCUCCUGGCGACCUGUCCCCUUCCAAAAUCGCCCGCUUGGUCGGCUUUGCUAGGUCGCCUCCGCCCUCUCUAAAUGGUACCGCCGACCACGAUGAGGAGAGACGCCGACGAGAUGAGGAGCACCACGCCGAAUCGGUGGCGGCAUCCGAAAACCUGACCCAUAGCCCUCUGGCCGACCUCAUGUCCGGAGCGCCGUCGGGGCUGGCCCGACCACCCGACGCGCCAAGCGCUCCGCCAAUGUCGAGUCUGGAUGCCGCCGCCGAUGCUGCUGCUAGGGCACUGAGCGCCGUUACUAUCCCAACGCCAAGUGCGGUUCCUAAUGAACUCAAAGAUAUCAACCAGCCAAGCGGACCGAGCGCCCCAAGUCUCGCCAACGCGUCAAGCGAGGUGGUUAACAGUCCUGUGCCCAUGGACGUUGACUCACGCGAGGAUCAGCGGCUUUAUGCGCCACAGCCUGAUGCGCAGAUGGAACCUCAAGACAAGCCUCCAUCAUCGCUGUCUUAUCCCGGAGUCCUUCCGCAUGGCGCUCCUAUGUCAGCACCGGCCCCUCCUCCUCGAGGAAUGAGUAUGCCCAUAUCGAAUGCUCAGGGUGCGGAUGUGACGCCUCGGUCACCAGGCUCAAAGAAGCACAAGUGCCCCUACUGCUCCACCGAGUUUACCAGACACCACAACCUCAAAAGCCAUCUGCUCACACAUAGCCAAGAAAAGCCCUAUGUUUGCUCCACGUGCCAGAUGAGGUUUCGAAGAUUACACGAUCUCAAGCGGCACAGCAAACUCCACACGGGCGAGAAGCCGCACAUAUGUCCAAAGUGCGACAGGAAGUUUGCUCGUGGGGAUGCGUUGGCGAGACACAGUAAAGGAGCUGGUGGUUGUGCCGGUCGCAGGCCCAGUAUGGGAAAUUUCGGAGACGAGGAUUACGAUGGUGUGAACCCGACCGGAGCAGAUGAAUCGGGGCUGUCGAAUGUUAUGUACGAGGGUGCUGCUGAAGGUGAACUUGCUGCGGCGGAGGAGGAGCGCCGUCGUCUAAGUUUGCCGGCCAUCAAAGCCCAACAUGUACCCGGUCAAACAGCUCCCGAUGGUUAUGCUGCUCACUCAAGCACUUAUCCCCCAGCAGGUCCCCGACCUGGCGGUCUUUAUCCUCCAAACGUUGAUCGCGGGUCUGCUGGCCCGCCCACUUCUCCAAGCGUGCCUAACAACCACACUCCUCACACCAGCAUAUCAUCCAUGCCCCUUAGCGCGGGUGGCACGACCAUGUAUUCGCAGACUGGGAUGACGGAGAGUCCUAAACCUCUAAGUCCGGGGGCAGCUCAGCCCACUGCGCUUAGUCACGAUGCCCUUACGCGCCAACGGCCGGCGCCUCAGCAGCCCCAUUUCAGACCAGCGGAACAAGCUCCAGCUUCCGGGUUAUCACUGCCAUCUCACGGCAACACUAGUGCGCCCGCUUCUCCGGCAACCCAACAAACGGCGGCUCGUGGACGGAGCCGUGCUUCAGGCGGACUUCCUGGACCUAAUAGGUCCGGUGUGGUCGACGGCAACAACCUAUUCGCCGCUGGUGAGCAAGGUGUAUGGUCUUACGUGCAGCACAUGGAGGACAAGUUCAAACACUUGCAGUCUAUGGUGGAGGCAACGAGCCAAAACAACGCUGAGCUGGCAGCUAAGCUCAACUCACACGAUCAACAUAUUUCUGUUUUGAAUCAAAACAGUGCCGAGCUGGCGGCCAAGGUCAACGCAUAUGAGCAACACAUCUCUUCUUUGAACCAGACUGUUACGAAUUUGACGGCCAAGUGCACCAAUCACGAACAGCACAUUUCUGUCCUGACUGCCGAGGUCACGGCGCUUCGGCAACAGCAGCAGCAUCCACAUCAGCAACAACACCCAGUCCACCAGCAUCAACAAGAACAUCAUCAUCAGGAAACUCAGCAAGCAAAUCUUCAAGAGCACCUACCUCAGCAUCAGCAAGGGCAUCAGCAAGGGCAUCAGCAAGGGCAUCAACAGGGCCAUCAGCAGGAGCACCAACCUGAACACCAACCCGAGCACCAACCUGAGCCCCAACCAGAGCAUCAGCCAGGGCAUCAGCCAGAGCACCAGCAAGAACAUCAGCAUCAGCCAGAGCACCAGCAACAACAUGUCCCUACCGAGACCCAAGAACCCCCGCCUGCAGCACAGCAAUAGGAACGCGAACUCGCUCCGGAGGUCG